AUGGCUACACUCCACCGUGAGCGCGUCGAACACGCGUUGAACGAGCUGCUGGUCCGCAUCGUGCCCGAAGACCCCAAUGACGAUGAAGAAGCGGCAAACCAGCGCUUUGAAGAUGCUUACGACUUUGCUAUUGACGCGCUGACCCAUGCGGGAGAUGCCUCACUCGUUCCUGAUGUUCAGCACAUCGCCAGCCUGAUUGAUCGCAAGGUCUCGGGUCCUCUCAACGACCAACGCAAGAGCGCUCGUUUACACAACCUCCUCUCUCGCCUAGAGACACAGAGCGUUUUGGACCAGAAAUGGCGCAUGCUGUACUUCCUUUACAACUUGUCCCCGAACACCGAAGCCUUCCAAGAACCACCGCCAAUCCAAGACUUGCGCAGCUUCUCCCGCGAACCCACGACGCCUUCCAAACGCCAGAGCGUGGCAGCCGCGUCUCAUGCCAUUCAAGACGCUUUCGCAAAGCCAGGCCUUGCGCAAUUGCCCGUCAAUGCCGGAUCGCCAAAAGCCUCUACAUCUACUCGUCCACCGUCAAUGGUCGAGAAGCCAGAGAAGCGAAGGGAGAAGCGACCCGAUACCGCCAAGGACCAGCAACAAGCAAAUGGAGGACACGUAGAGAAGGCAGAGAUGGGGCCCUCAGAGCCGACCCUGCUGCGUGAACUACCCUUCACGCUUCAGGGCUACUCUUCGACGAACCUCACCUUCCCUUGUUCGACAGCUCUCAAACUUCCUACCACCCUCCCGGUACCCAUCAUUAGCCUUUUACAUACACUCGCUGAGCCCGCGAUACUAUACAAAGCUCUAGCUGACUUCGUCGAAGCAAAUGAUGGCGGUCUGAUUGAACAGAGCUUUCGCGCAGCGUUAGCUAAGGAGCUGCGAGCAUACUUGGGGCUGGUUGCAACCUUGGAGGGACAGAUCAAAAGGGCGUUGGCACAAUUGAGCGAGGCAACAACGCAACAGGGUGUUAGCAAGGCCGGUGUCACCCUCAAGAGAUGUGUCAUUUGGAUACGAGAACCAACCAUGGGCUUGCGUCUGAUGAGCCUGAUGGUCGAAGAAUCGAAGAGCAAGAAGGGCGGCGAGCUCAUAGCCCUCAUCCAUUCAUUCUCCCUCAACCACGGCGAUCCUUACGUCAUGAGCUUUGCCGAGCGCCUUCUCUCGGACGUCACACGACCGUUUUAUGAUAUGCUCCGCCAAUGGGUCUACGAUGGCGAGCUUGCUGAUCCCUUUGGCGAGUUCUUCGUUUCCGAACAGAGCGAAGAUGAUAUCCUUGAGGCGAAUGGGAACGAGGGAAAGGGAGGCGCUACGAGCGUCUGGGAAGACAAGUAUAGACUGAAUGACAAGAUGGUCCCUACAAUCGUUACCGACGACUUUGCCAAGAAGGUCUUCUUGAUUGGCAAGACCCUCAACUUCAUUCGCUAUGGGUGCGGAGACGCAGCAUGGGUCGACAAAUACUCCAAGGAAGCUUCAAAGGAACUGCAGUAUGGCGAUACUGCGAAUCUUGAGCGUUCUAUCGGCGAUGCAUACAAGACCACGAUGGCACGUCUGAUCGAUUUGAUGGCGAACAAGUUUAAACUGUUUGACCAUCUUCAAGCUCUCAAGCAGUACAUGCUACUAGGGGCCGGCGACUUCAUCGCUGUGUUGAUGGAGUCGCUGUCAUCCAACCUUGAUCGACCAGCCAACACACAAUACCGACAUACGCUCACUGCUCAACUCGAACACGCGGUUAGGAACUCUAAUGCCCAAUUUGACACGUCAGAUGUACUCAGACGGCUCGACUCACGUAUGUUAGAGCUUUCGCAUGGAGAAAUCGGAUGGGACGUCUUUACCCUCGAAUAUAAGAUUGAUGCACCUGUCGAUGUCAUCGUCACCCCAUUUGGCUCCAAGCAAUACCUGAAAGUUUUCAACUUCCUCUGGCGCGUCAAGCGCGUCGAAUUUGCUCUCGGUUCGACAUGGCGCCGAUGCAUGACUGGUGCUCGCGGCGUUCUUGGUACCGUAGCUGAUAAAAUUGGCGCGGAUUGGAAGAAAGCACGCUGUGCGAUGGCCGAGAUGGUCCAUUUCGUCAACCAGUUGCAGCACUACAUCCUCUUCGAGGUCAUUGAGUCGUCGUGGAUUGAUCUACAGGGGGCGCUCAACAAGCCGGAAAGCACGCUCGACGACAUGAUUGAAGCUCAUGCAAAAUAUCUCAACAACAUUACGCGGAAGGGACUGCUGGGAAGCUCAAGCAUUGACUUUACAGGGCAGCUUCAUGAGCUGUUGAAAACUAUGCUAGCAUACAAGGACGCAGUAGACGGUUUAUACUCAUUUUCUGUUGCUGAGUUUACGCGUCGACAAGAACACGCGGCCAAGAUCGAAACACGCACAGCAGCAGGCCGAUGGGGUCUGUCUGAGAAGGACAGCUCGGCUUCAGAUCCUCUUGCUCCACCGCACUCGCGCGCAGCAUCUCGCCAUGAUGAAUCACCCUUCCCACCACCACUCCUCAAGAUCGGCAUGACAGGCUCGGCCGAAGACGAUGUCCUGCCAGCGCUACAGAAGCGUCUGAGCCAAUUGACGGAAGACUUCCGGGCCAGAAUAAGUAUCUUGUUGGGUGACCUGGUACACUCGCCAGACGGCGAAUUAAAGAUGUUGGCUGUUAAUAUCAACUUCAACGAUGUGUAUAAGCCUGAGCGAAGACGGAGGAAGGGUUCCCAAAGGUCGAAGGAGAAGGAGAAGGAGAUGCCGAAAGUCGCACUUCCAGCAGCUUAA